UUCAGGUGCGCCUAAGCGGACGGAAAAGUUAACCGAAAUUAAAUAACGCAAGCACUCACGCCUGAAAUAGCCGUUACUACUUCCAUCUCCGUCUCUCUCUCUCUCUCUCUCUCUCUCUCUCUCUCUCUCUACAGCAUUGCAGUUCUUCACUGGCACUCUCAAACCUCCAAGAACUCCAGCUUUACAAGUGGAGGUUAGCAAGUGAAGAUGAUGCCGGGGACACCAGCAACACCGUCGUCUAAGGUGCGAAGGACUCCGUGCUCCACUCCGGGCGGUUCUAAAGUCAGUGAGGAGAAAAUUUUAGUUACAGUUCGUUUGAGGCCACUAAACCGCAGAGAGCAGGCGUUGUAUGAUCUUAUAGCUUGGGACUGCUUGGAUGAGCACACUAUAGUAUUCAAGAAUCCGAAUCAUGAGCGGCCCUCAAACCCCUACACCUUUGAUAAGGUUUUUGGCCCGAUGUGCUCAACUCAGAAGGUUUAUGAAGAAGGAGCCAAGGAUGUUGCUUUAUCUGCACUUACAGGAAUGAACGCAACAAUUUUUGCGUAUGGACAAACUAGUAGUGGUAAGACAUUUACCAUGAGAGGAAUCACUGAAAAUGCAGUGAGGGACAUCUUUGAACACAUCAAGAAUAUGCCAGAAAGGGAGUUUGUUUUGAAAUUUUCUGCUUUGGAGAUCUAUAAUGAAACCGUUGUUGACCUCCUGAAACGCAAAUCAGGCUCGCUUCGGCUUUUGGAUGACUCCGAGAAAGGGACCAUCGUGGACAAGCCACAGGAAGAAAUUGUUCAGAAUGGCGAACAUUUGAGGCACUUAAUUGGAAUUUGUGAAGCUCAGAGGCAAGUGGGAGAAACUUCUCUAAAUGAUAAAAGCUCAAGAUCGCAUCAGAUAAUCAGGCUGACCAUAGAGAGCAGCCUCCGGGAUAGUUCAGGGUCCAUGAAAGCUUUUGGAGCCAGUUUGAACCUUGUGGACCUUGCUGGAAGUGAACGCGCCUCCCAAACAAAUGCAGAUGGUACAAGGUUGAAGGAAGGUAGUCACAUUAACCGUAGCUUGUUGACACUCACAACCGUUAUCAGGAAGCUUAGCGGUGGAAAAAAAAGUGGUCACAUACCAUACAGGGAUUCAAAACUUACACGAUUACUGCAGUCUUCACUUGGGGGAAAUGCUCGGACAGCUAUUAUAUGUACCAUAAGCCCAGCGUUAAGUCAUGUAGAGCAAACAAGGAACACACUCUCAUUCGCAACUAGUGCCAAGGAAGUCACAAAUAGUGCGAAAAUAAACAUGAAGGAAGUAGCCAGACUUGAAGCAGAGUUACGAAGUCCAAAGCCUUCUUAUUUGAGGUCUAUACUAGAAGAAAAGGACUUGAAAAUCCAACAGAUGGAAAGGGAAAUGGAAGAGAUAAAGCGAGAAAGAGACAUUGCACAAUCACUACUUGAAUCAGAACGCAAAGCAAAGAAAGUGCAGAAGUUCCAGGGGUCGGAACAAUGUGGACCUUCUGGUCAAGUCGCUAGGUGUCUUUCUUUUCCUGGAGAGAAUGAAAUAGUUCCUUCUCAUAGUAGAGAUAAUCCAGUAACUCCACGGUCUCGAACCAGAGGUGCAAACCGAAGAAAAGCCAUGGUAAGGAGAUCAGUUACUUCUACAGACCCAUCCAUGCUUGUGAAUGAAAUUCGAAAGCUUGAGCAAAGACAGAAGCAGCUUGGUGAUGAGGCAAAUCGAGCACUUGAAGUGCUGCAUAAGGAAGUAGCCUCGCAUCAGCUCGGAAAUAAAGAAACUGCUGAAACUAUAGCAAAGCUUCUGUCUGAAAUAAAGGAAAUACAAGCUGUUAGAUCCAUUUCAGAAGAGUCUGUGACCGGAGAUGGGGCCAACCUGAAAGAUGAGAUCAGUCGUUGGCAAACCCAGGCAGAAGAUAUUAAAUCUUUAGAAAGGAAGCUUGAGAACGUUCAGAAAUCGAUAGACCAGCUGGUUGUUUCAUUUUCAAAUAGUGUGGAAAUUCCAGAAUGCAAGGCCCCGUCAAAAAAGAAGAAGAUUCUUCCUUUCAACUUGAGCAAUAGUCCAAACAUGCAGCACCUAAUUCGCUCCCCUUGCUCACCUCUGAACCCUUCUCGUAGAGUGAUGGAAUAUGAGACUGAAAACAAGGUUCCUGAGAACAACAAUGCUAUGCCUAGUGAUGAAACAGCGGCUGGGAGAUAUAAAGUUACUCCACCAAAGAGUGACGAAAAUGGUGCCCGUAAGUCAUCCAAAGAGGGAAGUCCUGGCGUGCAGCAUUCAAACACAGUUAAUGUAAAGAAAAUGGAGAGGAUGUUUAAGAAUGCUGCCGAGGAGAAUAUACGGAGCAUUAAAUCUUAUGUGACUGAGUUAAAAGAACGGGUGACGAAGCUUUCAUACCAAAAGCACCUUCUGUUGUGCCAGGUUAUUGCAUUGGAGAAAGAUCAAGAUGCUGUAAUCGAUGAGAUGGAUAAUAUAGAUGAAUCUCUUCCUGGGACAUGGGAGUUGACUUUUGAGGAGGACAGGAAGGAAAUCAUAAUGCUGUGGCAUCUGUGCCAUGUCUCGAUCAUACACCGCACCCAGUUCUAUCUGUUAUUCAAGGGAGAACCUUCUGACCAGAUCUACAUGGAAGUCGAACUCAGAAGAUUGCAAUGGUUGGAGCAACACUUCUCGGAUCUUGGAAAUGCAAGCCCCGCUCUUUUAGGCGAUGAACCUGCAGGCUCCGUUGCAGCAAGCAUCAAGGCUCUCAAGCAAGAGAGGGAGUAUUUAGCUAAGAGGGUGAGUUCUAAACUGACAGCGGAAGAGAGAGAAAUGUUGUAUGCGAAAUGGGAGAUUCCGCCCGGAGGGAAACAGAGGAGGCUGCAGCUGGUGAACAAGUUGUGGACAGACCCCCAUAACAUGCAAAACGUGCAGGAAAGCGCUGAAAUUGUUGCGAAGCUGGUGGGCUUCUGUGAAUCGGGUGAGCACAUUAGCAAGGAGAUGUUUGAACUCAACUUUGCGCACCCGUCUGAUAAGAAGACGUGGAUGGGGUGGAACUUGAUAUCAAAUCUUUUGAAUCUGUAAACUAGUAGUGAGUGGUUUCUGUUCACUGUUGCAAUGAAGGUUGUGUUGUACAAAAUUUUGUCACCGCAAGGAAUUGCGAUGUAUGUAUUUCUUUGAUGCGAUGAAUACAACCACCACCACCAAGUCUUAUCCGACUAAGUGGGGUCUGUUGUAUGAAUCCUAGAAUGCCACUGCACUUGGUUUUGUGCCAAGUCUUCUAUUUGCUUCAAGUAUUACAUAUUUUUCUUAUAGUCUC